GUGGAAAUCAUUCGCGUAGAAAACCACAUUAUGUAAAGAUCGACAUGUACAGUUUUGUUGUAGUUUGUUUAUUGUGUUCGUUCUUAAUUAUACAUAGUGUUAACGCUAAAGCGCAUAAAAUCAACAAGAUUGAUGUACUGUUAAAAGUGUGCUUAUCCGGAGAAAACAGCAAUCUCAAUGAUAAAAAUACUGAUAUUAUUUGCGUCUAUAGAGAAAACAUUAGUAAUGAGAAAUUAAUAGAAGAAGGAGCUUUGUUAAAAUGCCAACGUAAACCGUUCAAGGAGAACCUGAUGAUUUACGCGUGCGACGUGCCCUCAGACAUAACAUUGAUCCGCUACCUAACAGCUUUAUUUCAAGUAAACCGUUUUGCUAGGGAAACCGUUAAUUCAACGCUGGACCAACCGGCACCCUACAACGAAUCCGCGAUUAAUGUCGAUCACACGGAACCAGCUCGGAACACCACGGAAACCGAUGUACUCAGCGAAUUUAUAAAAUCUCUCAACUACACAGUGCUCCAAAGACAAAUUCCAUGGCCCAUUAACAUCGUCACUAAUAGCACUACUAAAACCUCGUACCUAUCGACGAAUAUUUUCGAAGUAAUUUUUAACAAUUCCACGGGAAACGCCGCCAAAUCGCUUCAUUUCGCUGUAUGGCAAUUGCAAGACGAACCAGUUUCCAAAGCUCCAAAGCAUGAAACGAAUUCCUCGCUACCAGAAAAUACCUACAGAGGUGCAAAUCGGUUACCAAGAAGCUUAAAAACGAAGCAAAACAAGAAACCCUCAAACAAACGCACCACCACCACCACUUCUACCACCCCCAAUUCCACUACAGUCGUCACCGAAACAACAACUGUCGAUUUACCGUUUUCCAGUGGUAAAUACGAUUACUUCAUCAAAGCUCUGUUUAACGAGACGCUGACCACUAAUUUGGACGUUGGGGAUCCCCUGCACGCCACUGUUUAUCUCACGAUGCGCCCUUUGAAGCGUCCGAAAACCACCACCACAAUGGCCACGUUUUUCCUGGAUGGGAAGGAGAUAACCACCAAGCGUACACCGGAGUUACUGGAUUUCAUCUUACCUAACCAGUUAAGACUGGAACCCAGGGAUUAUGCACAGCAAACGGACGGCAACAGGUUUUCUAAUAGUUCAUUCGACUUACUACCGGAAUUGCCCAUGAGCACCACAACGACCGAAAAACCGUUGGAAUUCGAAACCACGACCAUCAAAGAGAAGAAAAUUGUACCGUUUUUCGAGAUGACGACGAACAAUUUCGUGGAAAUAUCGGGCGUUUUGAACACCCUACCCACGGUUUCAUUAAGCACAACUCACAAUUAUUUGUUGGAUUUCGUCGAUAUGAACGCUUUAAAGCACAAACCAAAUAAACUGAGAGCUCCGGAUAACUAUUGGUUCAACGAGUACAAUUCUAAGAACACCGCCGAAGAAACUACUACGAACGUCCUCGAGUGGUCUCUACCAUCGAUUUACUGGAGCCCCAUAGGAGAAUCGUCCAGGCGACAUAAGACUUUGAAAAGAGAAUAUAUAUUUAAUACGUUUACUGCAAAAAAACCAGCGAGACAUUCAACAACCGCUGCCCCAAAUUCAGCUGAAGUAGUUAAUAAACAAGAAAACGCUUUUUCAAAGUAUCGAUUCAAAUGGAUGCUCGAUGAUGAUUAUAACUCCAAACGCGCGAUGGAAUCAAAUAGCAAUCGUGCCAACAAACCUCUUAGAAGACGAAAAAGGGAAUCUACAAACUUAAACACUCUAAAUACAGUAUCAACACACACUCCUUUCACCACUCAAUUAGCGGAUAAUCACUCGCAGAACGUCACCGUUGUGGGGUUCCACAUGGUGGAGAAAAACAAAAAGUCAGAACCAUUAGUAUCAACUUCUACCAGCAGAAGCCGGAGAUUCAAGAAAACCUUCAGGCCGAUGUCCAAAAUGGCGGCCAGAAAAAAGCAAGAAACCGGUCUGAAUCACUUGAUAAAGGAUCUGUUCGUGCCCGGAAAAACCGAAAGUACGAACCCGCCGAAGUCGCCCGAAACACCCUGGAGUUUGCCUCUCAACGAAUUCACCACACCCACUCCGUCGCCCGUAGAAGACGCUUUUAAAAUAUUCGGCGAAACCACCACCAGCAGUUUCCAUUUCCUGAUCAACACCCUGCCCACGACCACGGAUUCCGUGCACAAUUAUUUGAAGUAUUCUUUAGACACGAAUUUCUUGAAAAGCCAGCCGCCGAAGAAGUCGAGUCCUUGGUACUUGUCGACUACUUCUACUGCUCCGCCAGAACCGACGACCAGCGUUUUGGACCAACACCUGCCGAACUGUUUGAUGGUAGAGACGCCGACUACAAGCAAAGAAAUCGAAAAAAAGCCAACCAACAACAGCUCGAAAGAUAAGUUCGAUUACAAUUUCCGCAAUUUGAAGUUCAACAUUCCCGAGAACGCAUCGUUUUACAACUUGGCAACGAAGAGAACCUAUCCAGGCUUAGUCCUGGAUGACGCUGAUUUGAAUAUUUAUAACGGGGAUGUUUAUACAUCUUCAUAUAAAUCGAGCGGGGAUACUAAGGAAUUAACUACCUUCGCUUCUUAUCUUCUGGUAGACCUAAACACUUUACCGGGAACUACAGCACCCACUACACCAAAUUACUUAGAUCAACCAAUCAGCUGGGUCGAUGUAGUAAUAUCAAAACCAUUAUUUAACGUUACAUCUAAAAAAAAUUAUACAAAAUCCACUAAAUCCACUACUACUACUACCACUACUACCACUACUACCACUACUACUACUCGACAGAAAUUCGGCAGAAAUUUUACCAUCCCUUCCAAUUUCCUACAAUUGUUGGAAUCAUUACCGAAUUCAGUGACAAAAAAGAAGACUGAAAACAACGUAACUGGAAGUUCCACUUUACCAACGACCAAAGUUACCACAAGCCGUUAUAAUCGACCUAAUAAAGUCAUGUUAAAGAGAACUAAAGCCGAACCUUCGUUAUUACUGGCGAAUUUAGUAGCUUCUGUUAUAUUUAACGAAGGCAUGAUCGCAAACGAAUCCUUACUAGCUAACGUAAAACCAACUACCCAAGAUUACUACCCAAGAGGUGAACUAAUUUCCCAAGAGAAGAUCCAUCAAGACGUCGAAAUAAUCAACACGAAUGAAACCAUCAAAAUCAACAAACCGCCAAAAAUAAACAUUCCAUCAGAAGCGAGUAGAAACAAUACCAAUACGAAUGAAAUAGAUACUGCAAGCGCAAACGAUACGAAGAACGCUACUCUAAGUACCGCGAAUCAUACAGAUAUAACAAACAACACCGAUCCAUCCAAUGGUACUGCAAACGUGGAGAAUCUCGAAAAAAGUCCUAAUCUAGUUAACACGCUUCGAGACAUCGACCAGAAAUUCUCCAACCUCUUCGUAUCCAUCAAAAGUCCACCACAUGGAUCUUUUAAAUAUUUCAGAAGUACAGACGCACAACUAUCAAAGAACACAUCGACCAAUUCCUCCACUACAGAGCAGCCGAAACAUUUAAGGGAGCACAAAAACGUGAGGCGUUCUUUACCGUACGACCAUGCCAUCGAUAACACCAACCUGAAGGAAGCGAAUAAAAUCGAAACGACAGUCCCAAGCGCCGUGCAAGAGGAUCCAUCACCGCAUAACCAAAAAUCAUUGUAUAAAUAUUCCGAAUCAGAUUUGGAAUCAAACGUAUUGAACAAACAAGAUAGGUUCGUACAUUCAGGGAAAACCUCCCCGAACCAUACGAACGGCAGAAGGAGGAACGGCAGAAAGGGCAAUCGCAAACCUACGAUAAUAUACCAACCGUUAACCUUUAAUCUAAUAACGAAAUUAUUUCAAUCCAACAAAAACAACAGCGAAGUGAAACACUUGAUAAACGAAAUUUCCACGCUGCAGAAAAACGGCAACGUUCUGUUAAACAUAAAACUCACCGAGCCGAACGUUUCGUUGAACUCAACCUACGAUUUCAAAUUGAAAUCGUCCACCACCAACCAAUCCGACGAUUUCCUCUACAACCUAGAACUGUUCCGGCGGAACAGCAGCUCCAAAAGAGCGCCCAUAUCCAGAUGGAUCGAUCUGGUUUCGGAAAUACUGCGUAGAUCCGACAUCGUAACCCAAAUGCUGGUCAGCACCACGACUCCCUCGAAAGAUUUGACCGUAUCGGCCUUAUCCACCGGUUCCUCCAUUCCAAUCACAUCUACCGUAUCUGUACUAGAAACUACCGCUACACCAACGCCCGAAACCACUGCUGGUACGACCUCUGCCCCAUCUUUUACCGGUACCAGCACCGGCACCAGCAAUACCUCCACCUUGCAAAACGGGACCGCGUACUCCCUCACCGUCGAACCGGUCACGAACGUGGCUGUCGACGAUUACAAGAAAGUCCUCGUGAUAUCCGACAGCUACCUGACCCAUCUAAUCAUAGAAUCGAAUUCGAAGAGAACGGUGGGAAACGAUCGCGUCGAUCUGCCGCUGGUGGUGAAAGAAGCGACCAUGACGAAUAAAUCUUUGAUGGAUAAUGCUACCAAGUUAUACAUACACAAGUUUAUUAACGGCUUGUUGGGAUCGCAAUACAUUUGUUCGUUGCAUAACGCUACGGAGAGCAAAAAGCCGCAGGAUGUGCCGGCGAAGCCGCAGAAACCGGCCAUCGAAGAGCCGGCGAAAACCGAUGGUAUUGUGAGCGGUAAAGCGGACGUGCAUAUCAACGUUCACAAAAUUUACAGAUUCGAUGACGAUAAAAUGACGAUUAAAAAUAUCGAAAUGACGACUCAAAGGGCUCCGAUCAAAGUGGAUUCGUCCCCAUCGAGCUAUUCCUACCUUGAUGCUUAUUCGAGCAAAAAACUGUUCCAAGCUAUAACGACUGCGAGCGAGUCUAGUACUGCUAGAAGAAUUUCAACGUUUCCUAAUUACGCGAAUAUGUUCACGAGCACGCAGCCGACGACUUGUAAAAAUUGCAAAACAAUGAACAAAUACGGCGGAAAAACCAACCACUAUCUCGAGAAGAAAUUGUACGAAUACGACAACAGCGAUAAGGACGUGAAGCAAUUCGACUGGAUGAUUACCUUUCCUUUAGUAAAAGACAGCGCUUUUUACUACACCAAGGAGCCCAUGGAACAGAAUCAUUUCCAAAAUACCAGAAAUAAAUAUGUGCCGCCUAAAUCGGAAUUAUUUGGACAUGAAUCGAACGCAUCGCAAAACUUGUAUUCAACAAGCACCGCAAAAGAUAGAGAGGUUCUGUUAUCUACGUUAUUUAGCAACAGCUUUUCUGUUCCUAGAAUUUACAGUAUUAUUUCAAGUACCACUAGUACUGCAAUUCCUACUACUAAUAGAACUACUACUACUACUACUACUCCUACUACUACUACUCCUACUACUACUACUACUACUAUAACUACUACAACUGCUCCUACUACUACUAAAAUUACUAGAAAGAAUACUUCUGCUGCUACGUCGAAAGCCACAAAGUUCGUUGCACCUAGAGCUUCCACCAGUCCUUAUACAAUUUCAGAAAAAAAGGACACCACACAAGAAACAACAACUGCUAAAGCCGACACAUUCGAGAAGAAAAGAACCUACGAAAUCAAGCAUUCAAUAACCAACGAAACGAUCUACCACGGCGCGAAAAUCGGCAACGAAGAACUGAUAUUCCCCACUUGGUUCCUGCCCAUGGAUAAAGCCACCCGCGCGAGCCAGCCCGCGCCGCCCCCGACCACCGUCUCCUCGGAGCCGGCCACCAGAGUGACCUACAUCCAGCGGAACCCCAUGAUGACCCACACGCCGCCGCCGCUGGGCUCCCUGCCCGAGUGGCUCACCGCCAAAUUCACCGGCUCCUUCACCCAGAAAACGCCGCAGGUGGUGAGCAGGAAGACCACGCAGGCGCCCAUCGAGAAGUGGGUGAAGGUGAAGACGCAGAGGAACAAGCCGCUGUGGGUGCUGAUAUCGGAGAGCAAGAACAAGAAUAUAAAGAGGCGGAUCAAGAGGAAAAAUACCUACCACAAGCCGGAGACACCUAAAGGGAAAGCGAUUUCGAAGCAGAAGUUUUUGUUGUUUUCGUUGCUUAUUUGAAUGUUUAAAGAAUAAAU